UUUUGUUUUGUUGUUUGUUUAUUAUCUAAAUUACUGUAAGCAAGAAAAAUUUUUGAGAAUGGCGAAUGCUCAUAAGCCCAACUUUAACAAAAUCUGGGAUCUUGGCACAUGGGACUCUCAGGCCAUUAAACACUAUAAAUCCAUACCGAGCAUUCAAAAGGAAUUGCGCCGCGGCAAUUGGGAAUACCUUUGUCAGCACCCCGAGAUUCGAGCCAUAAUCCGGGUUAUACUGCAUCAAGCUCUGAAUGCUAAACCCCAGCCUAAAGAUAUCCGGAAAUUUGUGGCUGACUUUUUUAAUUGUUGCCGUACUCCCCUGCUAGUGCCUAUGAUUAACGACCAAGUUAAGUAUGUUAAGGAGCAGCUUAGAAUGGGACGUUGGAGCAAGUUUGAUGCUGAGAUGCUGUUUAUGGAGAGUCCUUCUACACACUCCCUCCUUUCGACGGCAUCGGAAGUAGGAAAUGUGCAUCCUGUUCUCGCGUAUGCAUUGGUUUUCAAAAAGCCCGAUGAAUGUGGAAUUGAGAAGCCUCCAUUCUAGGCUUGCUCACAAAAUUUGGAGUUA